UAUGAAUGUGAUCUUCGUAGUCCACCGAUCUCUAUCAAUUUCGUCCACCAAGCACAACAGUUUAGUCCACCAAGAAGAACAGAGAAGGAAAAGAGAGAGGUAGCUAAUUAGCUGAAAUUGAAUGUAAUUAUUGUUCAUAAGAUCAGCUAUUGGUUUUUCUCGGCACCCGGAGUCUUUCCAAUAACCAGGAGCUUAAAAAAUAGAAUUUUGGGAGAUGGUUAUCUAGUUGUUUCUUUGUUACUUAUCAUCGGCGGUUAUUAUAUAUGGCUCAUGUUAAAUGAAAUCGAUGCUCAAAACUGUUUGGUUAUUAUAUAUGGCUCAUGUUAAAUGAAAUCGAUGCUCAAAAUUGUUUGAUGAAAUGUCUCUACCUGAUGCUGCUUCUUGUUAUCGUCAGACAUGGAAGCAUAGAUGGUGACCUUUGUGUGGAAGUUUUAAGGAAAUGGUUAGUAUUCCUUGUUUUUGACUUUUGGAUUAUGGUCAUGUAGAACAUGAACAACUCCAUACCGAAAUGAGUUUGUUCAUCGGUUAAGUAUUUUCUUACUCAAGUAAUAAUCUAAUUGAUUAGUUCUCAUUUUGGUUAACACCAAAGAAACUACGCCACCCAGAUAGCAUCUUCAUAUUGGAACAUAAAUUCUUAUACUGAUGAUAAGAUUCACAUUUUCUGUUUUUGUUCGUCAAACCUGUAAACAUGGAAGGUACUAGAAAGUAAGUUGUUAAAAGGUCUAAUUGAUUAGUUCUCCUCAAGUACUCUAUUAGCGUCAGAAUUCCUCUAGGGAGAAGGUUCUUAACCAUAUUUGUUAUAUUAAUUUGAAUAAUAUAUCUUUGCAUUUAGGUUAAAUUAGUUCUUAUGUCUAAACUAAAUGGAGACAUGUUUUAUUACAUGUAGAACAUGAACAACUCCAUACCGAAAUGAGUUUGUUCAUCGGUUAAGUAUUUUCUUACUCAAGUAAUUAUCUAAUUGAUUAGUUCUCAUUUUGGUUAACACCAAAGAAACUAUGCCACCCAGAUAGCAGCUUCAUAUUGGAACAUAAAUUCUUAUACUGAUGAUAAGAUUCACAUUUUCUGUUUUUGUUCGUCAAACCUGUAAACAUGGAAGGUACUAGAAAGUAAGUUGUUAAAAGGUCUAAUUGAUUAGUUCUCCUCAAGUACUCUAUUAGCGUCAGAAUUCCUCUAGGGAGAAGGUUCUUAACCAUAUUUGUUAUAUUAAUUUGAAUAAUAUAUCUUUGCAUUUAGGUUAAAUUAGUUCUUAUGUCUAAACAAAAUGCAGACAUGUUUUAUUACUUGUAAUACUGUAGGCACCCUCUUAUGUUUGAUUAGGGGUUCCUAGAACAUUGAGGCGACUUUAACCCGGAUGAUGUUGAUGCUAACUUUAUACCAGGACUAGUGGAAAAAGUUCCAUUUCCUAUUUUGUUUGAACCCUUUAGGUUCCAACAUAGAGUAAAGUUGUGAUAAAAAUAGUUCCUGAUGCGGUACAGAUUGCAGCAUAUCAAUUUGACAUGUAUGUUCAUUUGCUUAAAAACAUUUAUUUGUGGAAAGUUAUCCUUGUUUUUCUAAUUAUUGAGCAGCUGGCUACUAAGUUGACAAGCUCCAAAGUGGAAAAGUUCUGCCUCAUUGCACAGUAUCGCACCAAAUACUCAUGAUUGGGGUUAGUAGUCUAUGCAUCACUCACUGAUCAGUUCAGUAAUGGUGUGAAUGAACGGAGAAUAAUGGUUAAGUGAGGGGAAGGCCAAUGGUGUCACAUGUGAGUCACUGCUUCUCCGUGAAUGAGGUGCUCGUUGUCAGUACUUCUUACGCAUUUUACGUACACCCAUCAAUGUGCAGGCCACAUAUCGAAAUUACUUAGGUGGUAUAUUAAAUGUACAGUGCAAGCAGGUGCAGAUUCUAAUUUCAGUUUCACUUCUCUAUGUCAACUAUUCAAAAACAAACUAGACAAUGGUUUAGGUGCGACAAAAAUAAUAAUUAACCCCUACCCAUACAAGUGUAUCAAGGGCAUCACAAAGCAGCAGUGUGCUGCGCUUUACACGAUGGACCAGAACCUUCUGCAACUUGAAUCUCUUAGCCUUAAAUGUCAGAUUAUCGGAAACACUUUCCUCCAUGGCCAUGUGACGAGGUUUGGCGAUUGAAGAAUAAGGAAAGAUGGUGUUUUUCAUCAACGCCUGGCUGACAUUGGAAUAGUAACAGUCGAAAACUUCUUGAGGCUUUUUUUUUUACUGAUUCUUGUGCCCUUCUCAAGGUUGUUGUGGAGAAAAAGAUAAUGCGUGAUAGUAAAAGAAAAAGGCAUGAUAUUGGUCGUGAUCGUUUUGUGGAAUAAGUGAUUUUUGAACUUCAGUGAUUAGUCCUGAGGCAUGAAUUAUAUGAUUAUGCAAGUAAAUACCUUUUUAACUAGUAAUAAUCACAAUUUUUUUAUUUGGUUUAUGCUUGUGCUCUAAAGGUAUGGAAAUGGAAGAAUGAGCAUGAAAAUACAAUAUUGAAUCAGGAACGAUGGAUAGUUGUUCUCUCGACUGGUCUCAUGAGUGCUUUACAAUGGACGAGCCAAGAUCAAAAGCUGUGACUGAAGCUUUUGUUCGCCUUUAUAAACAUAGUCUCAUAUAUAGGGAUAACCGGCUUGUGAACAAGGAUUGUGUCUUGCGGAUAGCUAUUUCUGAUAUUGAAGUAGAUUACAAAGACAUAAAGGAAAGAACGAUGUUAAAGGUUCCUGCUUAUGAUACCCCAGUAGAAUUUGGUGUACUGACAUCUUUUGCUUACCCUUUGGAGGGAGACUUGGAUGAUGAGAUAGUUGUUGCCACAACUAGAGUGGAGACGAUGUUAGAUGAUACUGGCAUGGCUGUCCAUCCUGAAGACAAGAGGUACACUCAUCUUCAUGGAAAGUAUGCAAUUUAUCCAUUCAAUGGAAGCAGGCUGUCCAUUGUUUGUGAUGGAAUACUUGUCGAUCCACAAUUUGGGACAGGUGCUGUUAAGAUUACACCUGCUCAUGAUCCAAAUGAUUUUGAUUUUGGAAAACGUCAUAAUCUGGAAUUUAUCAACAUCUUGACAAAUGAAGGAUUAAUUAACAACAAUAAUUGUUCUCCUAUCUAUAUACUCUGUUGAUGUAUGAAUAAUUCUUGAUGGAAUGUGAUGAUCAAUAAGGGUGUUAUAAAGGUUAAUGUCAAAGUUGCAGAAGAACAGUUACCGAAGCGUGACAGAAGAAAGUGUCACAAUUGGUGACACUAACAAAAGUGUUAUAAAGUGUGACGAUUUUCUGGCAGAGGCGUUGCAGAAAGCAGAUUUGAUGAUUGUUGAGGUAGUAAGCAAGGGUUGUUGUGGCAGAGUAUUGAUUGAUUUUAGAAGGUAAAGAAUCUUAAGGUGAGUGGUUGAUUCAAAGGGUUAAGUCAUGCAUUCGUAAUAAACGCAGUAUAAGAUCAAAGUUGGUAUUGCAGUUAGGAAGGACUGGUACAGUUUGAUUAAGUUGAUCGAACUCAGAAACUUAGAAUGACAAAGAAAGUUGGGUGGUUAUGUUUGAACUUAAGGGAGGAUGGUAGCAUGUUGGAGUUUAAUCUCAAGCAUGUUGGAAGAAGUAAAGUGUGGUUGAAGAGUUUGUGGCAGAAACUUGGACAUCCUACAAAGUGUGGCAGACUUUGUAAAGAAGUGCGCUUGUGGCAGAAGCGUAACGACAAGAUUGUGAGAGAAUCUUGAAGAUUAAAUAAGUGUGAAAGUUUAGGCUUUAAAAAGCAUGACUGGAACAAAGAAGGAACAACAGUAAGGUUGUGAAAAAAGAGUAGUAAUCACCAGGAGGUGAUGAGAGAGUGAAGUGAAGAGACGUCACAAGGGUGUGAUCGUGAGAAGUGAAGAAAUUCUAGUGUGGAAUUUGAGAAGUGAAAACAACAAUAGUGGGUGAAAAUCCCAUGAGUUGUAAAGAACAACAAUAGUGGGUUAGAAUCCCAUGAGUUGUAGAGAACAACAAUAGAGGGUUAAAAUCCCAUGAGUUGUGGAUGCCAAUGAUGUCGGGAAAUAUCAGAAAAUAAGGUGAGAUGGAUCAUGGUUGUUAGAGACUGAAAUGAUGCGGGAAAAUAUCAGAAAAUAGGGUGAGAUGGAUCAUUGCAGUAGUGACAAAGAGUAAAGUAGGUAAACAAAAGUAGAAGAUGAGAUACAAUGCUCAGUGAUGAGUUACAGAAUUUGGUUUCUUGCUUGUUAAGGAUGGUGUUCCGCUACGAUAAAGAAGAACGUGAAAAUAAGUUUGUGAUAGUUGCUAUGGUAUGAUAGCAGUGAGUGUUUGAUGAUUGUUGUUAAGCAAAAGAAGAAGAUUGGUUUGUUAGCUGAGUUGCAGUUGGUGCUGCAGUUUGUGAAUUGAGUUUGUUGAUUGGAUAAUGAUGACGGAAUUCCAGUGGGAUCAUGAAAUUGGGAUAAGUUAUAAUUGAGUAUCAAGAAGUAAGGGUCUGUUAGUGGUAUCUUUGAAGAUGAGAAAAGACAAGAAUGUGUUACUGCCACUAUUAAUAAUUUUAACAGUGUUGUAUGUUGACGUUUAUCAAUGGAAUAAGAGGAAUAGAAAAUGAGAAAAGGCAAGGAUGUACUGACGUUGAUUAAUGGAAGAAGCUGAGGAGUAGAAGAGGGUUACGAAAUUCUUUUUGAAUGAUAUCUUGGUUUAAGGGAGGAUGUUGGAAGUUAAACCAAGAUAUUGGUGAAGUUAUUAAUGGAAGCAACUAGUUGGAGUUGCUGUUGUCUGAGAGAAGAAACUAGUAGAAGUUGAUGCUGCUUCUGUGGAAGCAACUGGGUGAAGUUGACGAUGUAUUCUGGAAGCAACUAGAAGAAGUUAACAUGGCGUGUUUGGUUUCAAUGUGAAGUAAACUUGUGAAACAAGGUUUUUUGGUUCUAGAGAGUUCUAGAAGAGUUCUAUUUAGAUUUUGGUUUAUAUUAGGAAAGUGUCUUUGUUUAGAGUUUGAUCUUUGUUAGGAAAGUUACUUUGAGUGACCGUCAAGUUUGUGAGACUAUAAGUAGGCUGUUGAGCCAUGAGAAUUAU